AUGUCGAUGCAUAACCGUGUGUUUGAACAUUCACUUCGCCGACUUCAUACUCGUCAGGAUGGAGGAUCAGGUCAAGAUGGACAACGUGGAAGGGAAGGGCAGGGAGGUGGUAGCGAAGAAUCCCAAAGCAGUACAGGGACUCCAGAAACCACUAGUCAGUCGAACUCAUCGUCACCAUCCACGACGGCUAGUACUACAUCUGAGUCGUCUACUACCUCGACUUCGACCUCGGAAACAUCAACCUCGUCGUCGACUUCGACCCCAAGCACAACAUCGACGACCCCCACAUCGACCUCGACCUCCAUCUCGACUUCGAGCACCACAUCACAGACUUCAGAGUUGACUUCGACGUCUACCUCUUCUUCACCUUCUCCAUCCACUUCAUCUACCGCGUCUAGUCAAUUGUCAACCUCAAGUUCUUCUGAGAGUAUACUCGUCACGACUUCUAAUUCAUUAACGGCAACUGGCAAUCUUGUUGCACCUACUACUGAUACAGACUUGAGCAAGACUUUCACCCCUACUGGUAGCUUCAGUGGACCUCAAACCACCGAAAGCUCCAAGUCCUCCCCUGCUGUGUCAGGAUCACUUAACUCGGGCGCCGUAGCAGGCGGUGUCGUUGGCGGCCUUGUUGGUGCUGCAAUUCUUGGUGUUCUGAUCUUAAUGUUCAUCCGCCGCAAGCGCGCCAAGGAUCACGCCAGUCAAUUCGACGCCGCUCAAUUCCGCCGCUCUGCAAUGAUUAUGGAAGACGUUCCCACUAAUACUCAUUACCCCUCACCCAAUUCUUCUUUACCGCCCCAGAGGGAGAUGGUAUUCCAAGGCCGUGACCAGGUCGCUUCGAUGAGGAGCUCGCUUACUGCUGGUAUGGCCGGACAAGGAGCUUGGGCUUUUCACGGUAGUGCCAACGAGGACGAAUAUCAACAGUAUAACCAGUACGCUCAAUACGAGGCUCAAGCACCAACUGGAUACCCUGUCUACCAAGACCACCCUGAGGGCAAACCGAGCGCGGAAUACUAUUCAGAUAGCUUCGCACAGCAAUUGCAGUCCUCCACUGCUCCUGCCUCCACUCGACAGGCUAUUCAACCUCGUCAACAAUACACAUUCGGAAGUACGUAUGCUCAGAACAGGGACAUCGUCUCGGAUGAUGGUCAAUCUGAUCAUGAAGAAGCAGCGUCUGUGUAUAGCACCCAGACGCCACGACAGAGCGUGCAGGUCGAAAAUCCCUUCGCUUCCGAACAGGAUGUUCACGGAAGGAUGUAUAACAUGACAGCCAACUCGGGUUUGCGGAAUUCCUCUGCUACCGUAGACGCAUAUGGAGGUAUUUAA